AUGUCGCAGAAGCGGCACGAGAAAUUGACCGCGCAGGCCGAAUCCGAUAUUAGAUCGUAUCAGGAAACGACAGCUGAUCUGACCGACCGGAUCGAAAGCGUUCACGCCAAGGAGAUAUCGUCUUUGAGCGAAACGAUAGACGAACUGAAGGGACGGUUGGACGAGGCCACCAAGGCACGAAAACCCGAGAGACAGCCCGACGACAACAUGCUGCUGAAGGAAGCGAACCGAUUGAGAGAAUCGGCGAAGACGACUGAAUCUCAACUGCGACGUUUGCAACAACAGCUGGAUUCCAAGAGCCAAGAGUUUGAAAUGGAGAAACGCAAGAGAAAAGAAACGGAGGCGAGACUGGCCGCCGAAAUCGGCCGAACGCACGAAAAAUCGAACGAGGCGGUUCUUCUGGAGAAGACGCAAGACGAGCUGAGAAGCGUCGAGAAGAAACUUAGAGCGGCGAACGAGAGAGAGAUUAAGACGAAAGAUGGUGGUGGAUCCGUGCUCGGUGAUCGACCCGAAGAACACCAGAUACGAGGUGGCGUUCAGGACGUGGAUGGAAGCAUGCAACGUGCCGGCCGAAAGCGUCUGCGAGUACGUGGACGGUUUGGGGCGCGUAACUUUGAAAAGUAA